UUGCCAAAAACAAUUAUACCGCGCACCAAACACCAUUUGCCCCCAAUUUCAUUUCUUCCACUCUCACUAUCACAGUGAGCACCUCCCAGAAUUUUGCCCUAAAUCAACCACCACCGUGUUCAACCAGCACCUCCGCACCUUCAACGGGCUCCAAGCAGCACCUCCACACCUCGCACUCACACUAGAUCCACCCUCCAACAGCCGCUGUUUCCAGGAACCACCACCACCACCACUGUUUGCACUCACACGAGAUCCACCCUCGCACCAGAUUCUGCCAAACACCUUCAGGUCACUUGUUUAAUUCGGUAGUGUCAAUGUGAGUCGUUUCAUAUUUUUGCAUUGGCACAUGCUUCUACACUUGUAUGCGUAUAAAUAAAGCUUAUUUUUAUAUUUGUCUACACAAAGUCUCAUUGAUGCAUGCUAUGAGAGUUACUAAGAUCCAAUCAUGGAAAAGAGGUCUUGUUUGAGGUGAUGAUAUUUUUCACAGCUAAUUAUUAAUUAUUUAUUUAUUAUUUGUGUAUGUCUAUGUCUUGAGAGACUUGCUUGCACAUUAUACAUGAUUGCACUUAUGUGACCUGAACCAGAGGUGGAAAAAUUGGCGGGUCAUAGACCUGGCAAACGGGUCGGGUCGGGUCGGGUCAUGGUUCAAAACGGGUUCCGGUCAACACGGGUUCGGGUCGAAACGGGUCAAUUAAAAAAAGGGUUGUUUUGGUUCGGGUUGAAACGGGUUCGGGUCGAAACGGGUUCGGGUCAGAACGGGUUUCGGGUCGGGUCGGGUCGGUUAAAAAAAAGAUUGAUUUGGUUCAUAGCUCAAAACUGGAAGUAACGAGUAGGAAGGACCCGUGCGUUUUGAAGUAUAUAAAAUUGCAUAUAAAAUAUAAAACCCCACUGAAGCAUAUAGAAUUAUGCAUCAACAAACGCAUGCGUGCAACCAUACUUGGAUGUAAUACAUGUACGUUUGCUGCUGUGAAGGUUCGUCACGGCAUAACCGAGUAGAGCCUUCUUCCAUUUUGUCGUGCCUCUCGUAGUCUCGUGUAGCAAUUUAACAGUAAAUGACCCAGUUGAAUCUAAAAGGCAGGACCAUUGGUCUUCGCCCCGACGCACACUAGCUGAUCUAAUCACAGACAGCAUUGAAUCCAGUUCUAGUUCUUCGACAUACCUGCACGACUGCCUUCACCAAAUUAAACCAACAGAAUCAAGGUCAUGAUCAUACAUUGCAUACAGUCAUACAGAUUUCAGAAGCUAAACAUAACAGCCAAGUAGAUUGCUUUAACAUGGGCAAACAUUCUUGACAUGGAGGUGUGAAAAGAAAACGUGCUUCGUUUGAGUUGAAUUGGACCAAACGGAGUAUCUUCUUUGAGUUGGAAUAUUGGUCUUCUCUCCUUCUCAAACACAAUCUUGAUGUUAUGCGUGUGGAGAAAAAUGUGGCUGAGAGCUUGUUGGGUACUUUGCUAAUGAAUGAAAAAUCAAAAGACACACACAAAGCAAGACAAGACUUGGAAAAGAUGGGUAUUCGAGAAAAUUUAUGGCUAACAAAGAAUAACAACAAGGUCAACCAGCCACAUGCUCCCUACUCUUUCACAACCGAUGGACGAGAACAUUUUUGUAAAUUCAUUAGAGGAGUGAGACUACCUGAUGGUUUUGGAUCCAACUUUAAAAAUAAGGUGCUUUCUAAUAAUUCAAAUAUAACCGGGUUAAAAUCUCAUGAUUAUCACAUCCUCAUGCAACGAUUGCUACCAAUAGGGGUCCGAGCUGGUGUACCUACAAAUGUUUCAACAGCAAUCACUGACCUUUGCACAUUAUUUCAAAAAAUUUGUGCACGAUCAUUAGAUGUGGAAGACAUGUAUAAACAAGAAAAGAACGUGGUAAAUGUAUUAUGCAAUUUGGAAUUGGUAUAUCCUCCAGCUUUUUUUUUUGACAUAAUGGUUCAUCUAGUUCUUCAUUUACCUCAAGAAGCUAUUCUUGGUGGGCCUGUGUAUAUGAGAUGGAUGUAUCCUUUCGAAAGAUACAUGAAAAAGCUGAAAGGGUAUCUCAGAAACAAAGCAAGGCCUGAAGGCUCAAUAGCAUAGGGUUAUGUUGCGGAUGAAGCAUUGACAUUCUGCUCUAUGUAUCUUGAGGGUAUCCAAACCAAAUUCAACCAUCCCGAUAGAAAUGUAGAUGCCGACAUUCCAAAGAGGUAUUUGCAUGUGUUUUCAUCUCAGUGUCGACCAAUGUCCAAGGUUGAAAUCCUUGAUCUUUCUGAAGAGGCAAACAAAUCAUUACAUUAUUUUGUAUUGAACAACUGCCAUGAAAUUGAGGACUACAAAUCUAAAUUUAAAUCCGACUUUCCUGGGCGCGACAUGAAAACAGAAUUUUCCUCAUGGUUUAAAUAUGAAGCAGAUACAUCUUCAUCAUCACAUAAUAUGUCUCCGGACUGUACCAACGAAUUAAUGGCAUUGGCCUAUGGUCCAACAAGAGCAUGUUCUUACGAUGCUUGCAUAGUCAAUGGAGUUAGAUUUGUGGUACACGGUCGUGAUGUUCGAUGUUCGACGCACUACUCAGAACAGUGGUGUUGUUUCAAUAGGAGAAGAUGGUACUCUAUUUUAUGGUCAAUUGGAGCAAAUCAUAGAGUUGAAGUAUCUACAUAAAUAUUCGGUUGUACUAUUUCGUUGUAAAUGGUUCGACACGUCGGGUAAAAGAUUAGAAAAGAAAAACAAUAUCGUUUCUAUCAACAUUAGUCGUGAAUGGUUUGUUGGUAAUGAAUGGUAUGAUGAUCAACAAUAUAUAUUAGCGACACAAGCUAAACAAGUCUUCUAUCUCCAAGAUCCUUCUCGAAGCACCGACAAUUGGAGGGUUGUGGAAGACGUUCACCAUCGAAAACUCUGGGAUCAUCCAAGUAUGAGUAUUGUUAAUGAGAUGGAUUUAUUGCACGACACACAAUCAUCAGAUUACAACUUGGUAGUCGACUCAGGUUUUGAUGAAAAUAACAAUGAUGAUGAAAAUUUCAUUGAUGGUGAUGGUGAAUUUGAUGCCGACGUCAAUGAUGAAUUUGAUGAUUACGAAGACAAUGAAGAAGAUGAUCUUUUAUACCCUUCAGAUGAGGAAGUCCAAAUAAAAGAUGAUUUUAUGGUUGACGAUAACGUCGAUCUUUUAUACGCAUGUUAUUCUAGUGAUGAUUCUGAUUGAAUGAAUGGCAGAUAUUGCACGUGGACACGGGGGAGAUGGUGGGAGUCAGUAUCCCAAUAGGAAUUCAAACAGAAUCCCUAGCAUUUACGUGUCUUCACAAGCCUAGAGAAAGCGUGGACGGGGGAGAAAUGUAAAGUUAUUUAAAAAAAAAGUGAACAAAACAAUGGUGAUCCACUACCCAUUAACUUUACUGCUCAGGCACGUCAGUAUAAGUUCACUGGACCGCAUGCCCAGGAUUUUAUAAGAUUUAUCUCCAACACUAUUGCAAGCGUAGUUCCUAUGCAUUUUACAAGUUGGCAGAGUGUUCCACCUGAGUACAAAAAAAUCCGUUUAUCCCGUACUUUUCGAUUACUUUAAUCUCAACAUGUAUAAAGAUGGCGACGCCGACCAGUGGGCAGGGAUUGAGCUCGGAAUCAUUGCCGAAUGUCAAAGUCGCUACAGCAGUCGAAAGAAUAAACUGCAUGAUCAUUUUCAGACAGUUGGAGGUACUAAGGAUGUUGAUAGAGCAAAGAGUUGCCCACCAGAGAAUUAUGAUUCGCAAAAGUGGGUCGACCUUAUUGAUAUAUUGUUCACGGAUCCUGCCUAUAUAAGACGAAGCAAUGCAAAUAAAGAAAACAGAAAAAAGCAAAGAUACCCUAGUUAUCAUGGUAGUCAAUCUUAUGCUCAAAGGCGAUACAUAGAGGAGCAAAAAACUAGAAGCCCAAACUAUAUUGUUGUUUUUGAGAAGACACAUUACAAGGAAGGGCGGGGAUGGGCAAACGAUAUUUGUGCAGCAGACUGGGGUAAAAUUCAAGACAAGUUAGCUAGAGCGUCGAGAGAUGUCGAUGAUACUUCACCAGUUGAUGAACUCGAGGUACUCAAAAGUGCCUUGGGUCAUAGGAAUGGGCACGCACGCGGUGUUGGUCGUGUUGUUAAAAAUGUCACCCACGAAAUAUCGAGCUCAUACCGCCCGCCAAGACAACAACAACAAUUGGAAGAAAUGCAAGAAGAGAUGCAACAAAUGCGACAAAAAAUACAAGAAAUGCGACAACAACAACAACAACAACAACAAGUGCAAGUGCAACCAUUCUCAAACCAAGCAUUACUGGAACUACUACAACAACAACAACAAGUGCAAGUGCAACCAUUCUCAAACCAAGCAUUACUGGAACUACUACAACAACAACAACAACAACAUGCGUUUCAAAUGCAACAAAUGGAAGCACAAUUUCAAAGCCGACUUAAUGAAUUGAAACGAAAAAUGCGUCAAGUUGACGAAGAUGAUGAAGAUGAUGAUUCGACUUAGAUAUUUGCAUUAAACUUUUAAUUUGAAGUUUGUACUCGAUAACUAAUGUUUAUUUUGAAGCUUGGACUUGAUAACUAUGAUGAAUAUUUUGUAUUUUGAA